AUGGAGGUAAAUAGGGGUUCGCUGCAGUGUAUUCGUGUCUGUCGUAGGGCACCAGAGGUUUCACACCUGUUAUUUACGGAUGAUAGUAUUUUGUUCGCUAGGGCGGAUGAAAGAGAUGCACAAGCAAUAAGGAGGGUCCUGGAAUGUUAUAGUCAAGCCUCGGGCCAACAAAUAAAUUUGUCCAAAUCUGAAGUAGUUAUGAGCUCGAACUUGCAGCAAAGUAGAAAAGAGGAACUAGCUGCGUUACUGGAGGUUAAACUAGUUGAGGCACACGACAAGUAUUUGGGUAUGCCAACCGGGGUGGGACGGCCGAAAACACGGGCUUUGGAGUUCCUAAAGGAACGAGUGUGGAAGAUACUUAAGGGGUGGAAACAACAACUCUUAUCGUUCGCGGGUCGGGAAAUUCUCUUAAAGGCGGUUGUCCAAGCGAUUCCUACCUAUAUAAUGAGUUUGUUUCGUCUUCCCUUGGGUCUGUGUCAUGAUAUCCAACGAAUGAUGGCCCGUUUUUGGUGGGGUGGUAAGGAGGAGGAACGUAAAAUUGCGUGGGUUGCUUGGGCAAGUUGA